UGUAUACAGAAUUGCGAAUAAAAUUUUAUUUCCUAAUCUCAUUCGUUUUUAGACAUGAAGUAUAAACUGUUUAUAUUUUGGGUAUCAUUGACUUGUCUGACAGGAACAGUUCUGAUACGAAUUCUGCCUAAAACUGAAAAAGAGGACAGGGGGCAUAUUCCUCAAUUUCCUCCUCACUGGGAAAAGGCCCCAGCCUCACUAGCUGAAUUCCCAAGGAGUAACAAAACGAUAAAUAUCAACCCAUGGAACUACUUGCACAGACAAGGAAUGUACAAGAGUAUUAUUGAUGCAACUGGGAAACAACUUAGUGGAACCACCGAAUUAGGUGGAAAUUUAAACCUUCUUUGGGGUCUUCCUUUACAGCAUGGGUGGCAAUUCGAGACUGGGAGGUUGAGAGAUUUUACAAAUCAAACACUUAGUGGUUUUGGUAGGGUAACUCAUUUCAAAGAAAAAUCAGAAAUCUUUUGUAUAUCUCCAAAAAGUUGGUGGGCAAGUAUGAAUUAUUAUUUGGCAGCUCUGCCAUUUCUUGCGGCUAUGGAUGUAGGGUAUUUUGAUAAAGAUAUAAAUGGACUGAAAGUUGAACUGAAACCUCCAGAUUUUAAUGUGGAAAAGUUUUGCUAUGGGAUCGAACACUGCAAGAAAAAAGAAAAUAAAUUAAUGAAAAGUUUGCUCAAUUUCUUCAGCUACCUCAAAAAUUGUUCAAAGACACGAUGUGAAACUGACAAAGCAGCGGAAAAAUUAUGGACUGCACAUGUCGCAAUUAUUGAAGCUGGUAUGAAAUUGUUUGAUUGUGAACUUAGACUUCUGUCAUCAGCUGAACAAAGAUUUGGAACAGGUUGGGUGAAAACAGUCACACUGUUAGCUGCAGUGAGAUUCAGAACAAACAUGAUACAGACUUCAAAAUUCCAGAAGCUUGGCCUACCCAAGAGAAUCCUAUGGGAAACUGAUGCUGCCCCCUAUAUCCAAGACAUGUCCCCAACAGAAAACACCUGUUUGUAUGUUUUAGACCUGCUUCUAUACUUGGGACAAAUUAUUUGGGGGCUACAUAGUAUCCACAGCGAAUGAUCUGAUGUGCAAUGAGGCCACAAGGAAGAUAGGGCGCGCUAUCAUGACAGAUUUGCUACAGAGCCCUCUUUCAACAGCAAAAGAUAUAAUAUCAUUAUUAUGGACUACUUUAACUGGCUGUUAGGAAUCUCC